AACAAAAUGAUACUAUUGUAUGCUCUUUUUUUGGAAGGUCACUAGGGCAAGCAGCGCCUGACAUCUCUGCAUUCAUACGAGCCAAGGCAGCUGCGUAUCCCAUAUUUGAGAUGAUAGAGAGGAACACAGUGAACCAAUCCAGUAGCAAAACUGGCCGGAAACUGGACAAACUUGAGGGGCAUAUCCAAUUCAAGGAUGUAUCUUUUAGCUACCCAUCUCGUAUAGAUGUUAGUAUCUUCAAUAAGCUCAAUCUUGAUAUCCCUGCUGGGAAGAUUGUAGCCCUUGUGGGAGGAAGUGGUUCUGGCAAGAGUAUAGUUAUAUCUUUGAUUGAACGAUUCUAUGAGCCACUUGCUGGCCAGGUGUUGUUAGAUGGAAAUAAUAUAAGCGAACUUGACCUCAAAUGGGUGAGGCAACAAAUUGGGCUGGUCAAUCAGUAGCCUGCUCUUUUUGCAACAAGCAUUAGGGAAAAUAUUCUCUAUGGAAAAGAUGUUUUCUGCAAUUUUGAGGAAUGAGAUCGGAUGGUUUGAUGAUACAAACAACACCAGUUCUAUGCUUUCGUCGCGUCUAGAAAGUGAUGCAACUUUAUUACGAACUAUUGUUGUUGAUCGCUCAACAAUUCUUAUACAGAAUGUGGGUUUGAUAGUUGCCUCAUUUAUCAUUGCCUUCAUCUUGAACUGGAGAAUCACAUUAGUGGUCUUAGCCACGUAUCCUUUGAUCAUUAGUGGUCACAUCAGCGAGAAACUUUUCAUGAAAGGCUAUGGUGGCAACUUGAGCACAGCACAUCUGAAAGCUAACAUGCUAGCUGGGGAAGCUGUAAGUAACAUCCGCACUGUUGCUGCAUUUUGUUCUGAGGAGAAGGUCAUCGACCUAUAUGCUCAUGAGCUUGUUGAGCCUUCUAGACGUUCAUUUACUCGUGGUCAGAUUGCUGGCAUAUUCUAUGGUGUAUCUCUGUUCUUCAUAUUCUCAUCCUAUGGCCUGGCCUUGUGGUAUGGUUCUGUUUUGAUGGAAAAGGAGCUUGCUACCUUUAAAUCUGUCAUGAAAUCAUUCUUUGUUUUGAUUGUAACGGCAUUAGCAAUGGGUGAGACUUUAGCACUUGCCCCAGAUCUUUUAAAAGGGAACCAAAUGGUGGCAUCAGUCUUUGAUGUAACAGAUCGUAGAACAGAAGUCCUAGGGGACAUAGGAGAAGAGGUUACGAAAGUGGAAGGGGCAAUUGAGUUAAGGGGUGUUCAAUUUAGCUACCCAUCGAGACCAGACGUAGUGCUUUUCAGGGACUUCAAUUUGAAAGUUCGAACUUGAAUGCAUAGCUAGAUU